AUGAACUCUGUACCCAGUGAUAUACACGCCAAAGAUCUGCAAUGCCUGGAUCUUAACCAAGACAUGCUACCCACACAGAGAUCCUUAGGUAUCCAGUGGUCCCUACACUUGGACACUUUCACGUAUAAAGUUAACUUUCAAGAGAAGCCAUUUUCACGGCGGGGAGUUCUAGCUAUCGUGAACUCCAUUUACGAUCCCUUAGGCAUAUUGGCUCCAGUCACAAUAGAGGGUAAGCGGAUUCUACGUGGUCUAAUAGCAGAAACUUCUAAAGUAAAGGAAGACACGCAUGUAGGAUGGGAUGACCCACUACCAGAAGAAUACCUACCACGGUGGAAAUGCUGGCGAGACAGUCUGGUCCACCUUGAGAAUGUUCAUAUACCUCGCUGUUACACCCCUCAUGCAUUUGGGCCAGUAAAGAGAAGGGAAUAUCACAUCUUUUGUGAUGCCAGUGACGUAGCUAUUGGAGCAGUUGCAUACCUGAGACAAAUAAAUGAUAAAGAUGAGGUAAAUGUAGCAUUCCUCCUAGGAAAGGCAAAAGUGAACCCAACCAAUGCAGUAUCCAUACCUCGUCUAGAACUGUGUGCAGCUGUAUUAGCCACUCAGUUAGCAGGCAAGAUAAAGGCAGAAAUCAGAAGUCCCACAAACUGUACAGUCUACUACACGGACAGCACAAUAGUCCUGGGAUACCUGAAUAAUGAAGCUAAGCGAUUCCAUGUAUAUGUGGCUAACCGCAUUCAGAAAAUCCACAACUCGUCCUCACCAGACCAGUGGUGUCAUAUACCCACAAGCCAGAACCCGGCUGACCUAGCGACACGCUCAGUCCCAGCCCAUCAACUUAGUAACACCAUGUGGCUCAAAGGCCCACAACUUCUCUGGCAGCCAGAUCACACACCUGAAACAAACAACGGUCAACAGACUUAUGACAUCAGUGAUGAAGAUCCUGAAGUGCACAAAAAAUCUUGCGUGUUUGCAACAGACAUCAAAAAACGCAAACCAAGUCCAGAUAACCCGUCUGGCCACCUAGGCUCUAAAAGGUUUCUAAGGUUCUCAUCAUGUACCUCCCUCAGACGAGCAGUAGCAAACCUUAUACUGAAGAUACAGUCCUACAAGACUAAUUGUAAAGAAGUUACCGACGUAAGACUUACACCCAAGAUCCUGGAACGUGCAGAGAAUCAUAUACUUCGCACAGUACAAAAGGACGCUUUUCCCAAGGAACUCAAAAAAUUAUCGCCAACAGACACUGGUGGUAAUGAGUUGAGAAAAGAUAGCCCUCUCUAUCGACUGAAUACAUUUAUGGAUGAAGAUCAACUACUCCGUGUUGGUGGAAGAAUUCGCAGAGCAGAUCUCAAACUAUCCAGUUGCCAUCCAAUAGUAUUGCCGAAGAACAAUCACAUCUCACAACUCAUCGUAGAACAUGUGCACCAAGAAACACAACACCAAGGCCGACAUCUCACACUGGCUGCAGUAAGAGCCAAAGGCUACUGGAUACUUGGUUUGCACAACCUAGUACGCAGCAUAUUACAUAAAUGCACAACAUGUAGAAGAUUACGAGCAAAACCGUUGACUCAAGUAAUGGCAGACCUACCUGCAGACAGAAUGGCUAACACCCCACCUUUCACUAACGUCGGUAUGGACGUCUUUGGUCCGUGGAACAUAGUAUCUAGGAGGACCAGAGGCGGAGCAUCAGGAGUUAAACGAUGGGCAGUUAUCUUUGUCUAUACACGACAGCAAUACACAUAG